AACCUAAAAAAAUUGAACAUGCCAUGUGUAUUUUAUAUUUGUACACCAACCUAUGAGCCCAUCAUUCCACAAUAUAAUAUUAAAAAUAUUGAUCGUUGGAAUUUUUUAAUCAAGAUUUCAUUUUAUAAUAUUCUUGAUGAAUGUUGAAAUAUACAAUAAAUUUCAUGGUUUCAAGUACCUAAUAAGAUUAAAGUUGGUAAAUCUGCAUGUCAAGUUUUGAGGUUAUGUUAUUGUGAUUUGUGAAAUGAAAUUUUUAGGUUAUGGACAAAUAAAAGGAAUAGAUAAAGUGUAUUACUUGAAUUACGUAAAAAUAAUGGAAAAAUGGCUAGAGAAAAUUGAUUUCAAUUUGGUUGAAUGUAUGUACAAUAAUAAAAAGCUUGAGAAGAACUCAGAACGUAAAAACAAUACAAUUACAAAACUUGAGAAAUUGGAAAAAUGGUUUGGAUCAGUACCAAGGUUCACCACGAUACGAGUCAACUCAUCUUCUGUCUCAUUGGAGACUGUUAUUGAUAUGAUCAAGAUGCAAUUGCAAAAGCAAGCCGAUUCAAGAGGCCGUAAAACAAUCCCAGAAGUGAAACAAGACCGUCUCUUGAAGGACUGUAUAGUGGUGGGAUGUUGGGAUGAACAGAGUUUGAACUUCGACCGACACCCAAUGGAAGCGAUUGUCGACAUGAAAUGUGGAGUCGCCAUUCUCAGAGGGGCUGACCUCUUCGCUCCAGGAGUGAUCGCUAUGUCGCCAGAAACGACAAUCGGGUCGAGGGUGAGUGUCUACGCGGAUUCGGCGCAGAAAUGUCUGUGGGGCCGAACGACUCCCUACACUGACCUUGACGAUAAGAUAUUUGUUGGCAACGGAAUAGCAGUGAUGACCAGGAAAGAGAUAUUUGCGGGCAGUACUGAAGACAAGAAAACUGGUAAAGCCAUCGAAAUGACAGAUAUUCCCAGUCGUGUAGCGUCAUUCAGCCUACCAGCCGAAUAUGGCAUCCUCCAGAACUACCCCUCCAUCCUAUGCUCUCAUGUUCUCAACCCUCAGCCUGGCGAAGUGGUGCUUGACAUGUGUGCAGCCCCAGGCAAUAAAACUACUCAUUUGGCGGCUCUUAUGAAACAUCAGGGAACCCUAAUAGCAAUCGACAGAUCCAAAAACAAAGUGGAAAAGCUGGCUUCCAACUGCCGAGUACUGGGCUGCGACUGGGUUCAAGCAUAUGUUUACAACUCGAUCGAAGCCCUAGAUAAACGGGAAACGAGAAACGUUGAAACGGGAGCAGUCGACAAAAGUGCAAGAAGAAACGUUAAACCGGGAACACUAGAGAAAUCUGAAACGAUAAACGCUGAAACGGGAGAACUAUACAAAAGUGGAACAAGAAACGUUGAAACGGGAGCACUAGACGAACGAGAGGCGAGUAACGUUGAAACGGGAACAUUAGAGAAAAGUGGAACAAGAAACGUUGUAACGGGAACACUUGACGAACUAGAAACGACAAAUUUGAAAACGGGAGAACUUGACAAAAGUGAUAGAAGAAACGUUGAACCGGGAGCACUAGAGACAUCUGAAACGAUGAAUAUUGAAACGAGAGCACUCGACAAACUAGAAACAAUAAACGUUAAAACGGGAGAACUUGAGAAAUCAGAAACGACAAACGUUGAAACGGGAACACUUGAACUAGAAACGGCAAACGUUGAAACGGGAACACUAGACACACGAGAAACGAAAACAGGAGAACAGAUUCUUUCAUCAGUCCUCAACGGCCCCCCACCUUACCCCGAAAACUCGUUCGACAAAAUCCUUUUGGAUGCCCCCUGCAGCGGAUUGGGUCAACGACCCCACAUCAAUACAUCAAUGACGGCAAAACACAUAAACUCCUACCCCAACGUUCAGAAACGUCUAUUCGAUACAGCCGUGUCACUUCUGAAGCCGGGAGGGUAUCUGGUGUACAGUACAUGCACAAUCCUAGUACAGGAAAAUGAAGGACUAGUUGAAUGGGCGCUGAGUAAUUAUGGGGGAGUGAUUGAGCUAGUUAGAGCUGAGCCUCUAGUUGGGUCAGAUGGUGUGAGAGCGGAUUUUAUGGUUGGGUCAUCUGGUAGUGAAUGGCCGGGAACUUCGCUGACUGAUGAUCAGAGGAAAUGUGUGCUGAAGUUUGGUCCAGAUAUGUCAGAUACCGACACUAAUGAACGUCUUCAUAGUGAUACAAUAGGGUUUUUUAUAGCUAAAUUCAGGAAACUACCUAGAUGACAAUAAAAUUGUUGAGAAUCAUGUGUAGUUCCUUCAUAUUAUACAACAUAAUGAUGUCCACAUGAGCACUUUUAUCUUGAGCGAGGUUAAUGGGAAGUGCCUGGGUGAUUUGCUAAGAUAAUCAAACGUCCAUGACUACCGGAGGGAUUCGAACCCAAGACCAGGUAGCGCAAGCAGACUGAAGGGUGCAACGUCUGAGUCAUCUCGGCCAACCUGCCCGAUAUUUUUCAUAAUUUAUCUACUAAAAACUUCAAACAACCUAUCUAAUCCUUUCUGAUUUU